AUUUUUCUGAAAUUUUGUAAAGUGACACGGCAAAGCUGAAGAAAGGCUCAAAAAUUGUCGGAGGAGGUCUAAGACAAUACAGUAUAAUGGUUUGUAAGAAGGUGGAAGAUAAGGGACGAAUCACAUACAGUGAGGUUGCAGACGAAAUCAUAGCCGAGUUAAUGACAAUGGAAAACAGUUCCUCUGUUCCCCUUAAUGAGUCAGAUGAGAAGAAUAUACGUAGACGAGUAUAUGAUUCGCUCAAUGUCCUUAUGGCCCUCGACGUUAUCGAAAGAGAUAGAAAGGAGAUCCGCUGGAAGGGCCUUCCUAAUUCAGAUGCAAGGGACAUGGAUGAAACUAAGAAGGGGCAUGCAGAGUUACUGGCGAAGAUUGGGAAGAAAGCUGCAUAUCUGAAAGACUUGGAAGAGCAACUUGCAAGUUUGCAAAAUCUUAAGCUGCGGAAUGAACAGUCGUGUAAAUCUACAAAUGGCCCUUCACAAGGAUUCUCUUUGCCAUUUAUACUUGUUCAGACUGCUCCCCAUGCUACGGUUGAAGUUGAGAUCUCGGAGGAUAUGCAGUUGGUUCACUUUGACUUCAACAGCGUCCCUUUCUCUUUGCACGAUGAUGCUUAUGUCCUAAAACUGAUGCGCAACUAUGAGCUCUUAGAGAGUGAAAGUGUAUCUCGAACAUCCUAUACACACUCAUCGUGUCAUCGUGUAGCUAGUCCUGAUGUCGCUUCAGGAGGCAGCUGA